AUGGAGUCCAUAGCGAGGAUAUCCAGCCUCCUCGAGAGCGCUCGAGAGCUCACCCUCGAUGCCGCCUCGGCGACGCGCAGCGCCCGCAGCACCGGUCGCCCUCUCGACCGUACACAGAUCAAGAAGCUGCUGGACAGUCGCAAUGAGCGCGAGGUUCUCGACGGCCUCCGCCGCGUCCUCUCCAUGAUGUAUCGUGGCCAGAAGACCUUACCCUUCUUCUCCUCCGUCGUCAAGAAUGUUGCUUCGCCGAACAUCGAGAUCAAGAAGCUUGUCUACAUAUACCUCAUCCACCAUGCCGAGCAAGAGCCCGACCUCGCCCUCCUCUCCAUCAACACUAUACAGAAAUCCCUCUCCGACACGAACCCCCAGGUUCGCGCUCUCGCUCUCAAGACCAUGUCUGGUAUCCGAGUGCCCGUCAUCAGCCAAAUCGUGUCUCUUGCGAUCAAGAAGGGCGUCGCAGAUAUGAGCCCCUUUGUGCGCCGAGCUGCUGCUCUCUCCAUCCCCAAGUGCUACCGUCUCGACCCAACCCAGUUGCCUCAACUCCUCGACUAUUUGACCACCCUCCUUGGCGACAAGCAGUACUUCGUCGCAGGUGCAGCGGUAUCGGCGUUCCUCGAGGUGUGCCCCGAACGGAUCGAUCUCAUCCACCAACAUUACCGCGCCUUGGUCAAGAAGAUUGUGGAUAUGGACGAAUGGAGCCAGCUGGCAACGUUGCGCAUGAUGACCUACUACGCCAGAAAAUGUUUCCCGAGGCGGACGCGCAGUGUAAAGAGUCAGGAGAAGGCGGCGGACCUGGGCGACUUCUACGGCGAGACUACAGAAGAUUCAGGAGAGGAACAGCAAGUCGUGGUGCUGGACCCAGAUCUCGCCAUGCUCCUCAAUGGAAUCAAGCCUCUGCUUCAAAGCAGGAACUCGGCAGUCGUUAUAGCUGUGACAAGAUGCUAUGUCGACAUCGGGACGCCAGAUUAUGUCAAAAUCUCCAUCGGUCCAUUGGUGGCACUCCUGAGGGGUGCGCAGGAUAUCCAGCAGGUCGCACUUUACAACAUCGUCUCAGUCUGCUUGACAAGGCCGACCGAUUUCGUCAAGUAUGCCAGCCACUUUCUCGUCAGGGCUACGGACCCAGCGCAGGUGUGGGAGCUCAAGUUGGAAAUCCUCACGCUCAUCUUCCCCCACGCACCACCCCACAUCAAGAGCUUAAUCUUGAACGAGCUCGAGCACUUUUCAGGGUCCACAAACAAGGCAUUGGUGCGAGAAGCAGUGCGUGCCAUCGGACGAUGUGCCCAAACCGACUCAUCUACAGCCCCUCGUUGUCUACGGUUACUACUGGGCCAGAUCACGAGCUUGGACGGCACCUUGGCGGCAGAGUCUUUGACCGUGAUUCGACACUUGAUUCAGCAAGACCCCCAGGGGCACGUUGGCACUGUCGUGCGGUUGGCAAAGAACCUUGACUCGGCAACAGACCCUCAGGCCCGUGCAACAAUCAUCUGGCUGGUGGGCGAGUUUUCGGGUCUCAAGGGCGAGAAUAACAUUGCUGCCGAUGUGCUGAGAAUUCUCGUCAAGGAUUUCGCCAGUGAAUCGGAGGCAGCAAAAGGACAGAUCUUGCUUCUGGCGGCGAAGGUCUAUCUGCACCACCUUAAUCGACUGAACGAGAACAAGAGCGAAGACGAAGCGGCUGUUCCGAGUCAAGACGACCACCCCGUCGCCAAGCUGUGGGACUAUGUACUGUUGCUGGUGCGAUACGACACUUCUUACGAUCUUCGCGACCGCGCUCGUAUGUAUCGAGCCCUUCUAUCUGUACCGCAGCUUGCCACGUUGAUGCUCCUGGCUCCGAAGCCAGCCCCUCAGGCCCCCAGCCCGUCGGAAACACGCAAGGGGUUCAUGCUUGGGUCGUCGACGCUUGUGCUGGCAGGUGGGGGUGGAAUCCAUGGUUUGCGCGGUUAUGAUGCACUCCCUGAGUGGGUGGCGGAAGGCUCGGAGCCAGACAGACGGUUGCGCGACACGGAGGCGGCGCCAUCAGCUUACGGCGAAGAGAAGAGUGUGCCAGCAAGUCAAAUGCUCGAUAGCGCUGUCAAGGCGGCACCGACAAAAACAAACGGUCUCGGAGAGGGCGAACACGCUGUGUUUGUCUACCCCAGCAACAGCAGAUCUCACAUAAGCCGGGUGCAGUAA